AUGGGCCUCUCUUCCCUCUCCCCGACAACGUGGAACGCGCUCGGUCUCGGCGUGGCAUCGAGCUGGUUCCUUCUCAGCUCCCUCGCCACCUUUUGCCCUCAUCGCACAGCUGCGCUCUUUGGCAUCACAGCCUUGAGCGACUCGCAAACGGCAGACUACGAGAGCACCCUCGGCUUCUCGGGCGUGCUUGGGUCGCGAGACUUGGCUAUUGGCCUUGCCAUGUACUUUCUUGCCAAGAAGGGCCGCAACGACGAGUUGGGCACCUUGAUUCUCAGUACCCUGUGCAUUUGCGCUGCCGACAUUGGGCUUGUGUUGCGGAGGAAGUCAUUGUCCGUUCUGGCCGCUGGUACGGCCGUGUAUGCUGUCAUCGGGCUGGGGCUUCGCGGCUUGUUCCAUUGA